UUUUGUUUUUUUGUUUUUUCCUGUCUUUGUUUUUUGUUUUUGUCCUGUCUGUUUUGUUUUGUCUGUCUUGUCCUGUCUAGCCCAAUGUACAGUACAGUGUUAUUUAUGUCUGUACUUUUGAGAGUCACAAACAGCUGGAACCAGAUUCCUUCUGUGUGUCAACACAAUUGGCCAAUAAACCUGAUUCUGAUUCUGAUCAUGAUCAUGUGUGAUGGUUCAACUGGCUGCUUGUCUUAAACCUGAUUAAAUGUCUUAAUUUGUAGUCAGUAAAAUACUCUAAACAACCUAGAUGUUAAUAUUUAACACACUUUGUAAAGAUCAGUUACUGAUGACAGUAAAAUAAGCUAACAAGCGAGUCUAUAAACUAUAUAGAGUCCUAGCAUCUUCAGCUUUGUUUCAUAUCUCACCUGAGCCACAUUUUCGAUAUGAUCUCCUGGCUGGGGUAAGAAUGGUGAUCAACUUCUGCCUGCCGCACUUUAAAACCACUGCUCAAUGCAAUAAGCUCUGUGCAGAUGGCUACGAUGUUUCCAAUCUUCUGUCUAGGGACCCAGCAGCUUUGCGACUAGGUUGCAGGCUGGAGUACUUCCUCCGUCCUCCACUACAUGUGACCCUGCACUUCCAAGUGAAGGUCGAUUUAUACCGUGUGGAUGUUGAACUUUUGCCCAGUGGUAAUGCCUCUAGGAAGCUUGAGGUUCUUACCUGCUCUGAGGUAAAACCUGCUAAUACCCAAGAAAAUGAUCAUGAUGGAGGACAAUUUAAGCUUGUGGGACGUUGUGAGCUGAGAGACGAAGUGCUCUCGUGUUUUAAAAAUCCAAAUUUUAGACUCCGAGCUCCCUUCCUUGAGUGCCCACCUGACCCUCCAUCCCAUGCAAGGGAGCAGGAGCUCUGGAGCCGGGGAUCUCAGUCCCUUAGCUCAGUGGCUAAACUUCGUAUCUCUGUCCCCUAUGUUGGGGCUUCUUCAGUGAUAGGAAUCAAGUCUUUGGCAGUAUGGGGUGUUCCUUCUCGCUGUUGUUCUAUUUCAGAAAUUGAACAAUUUCAGAAGGCCCAUUACGACAGCUUGCAACCAAAGCAUUCUAAUUUUUCAAUUAAUUUACCUGUUUCUACCUCAGCAAAAUCUCAUAUGUCAGACAAUGCUUCCUCUGAAACAAAUUUGCCUGAUGAAUUUCUGGACCCGCUGACUCAGGAGCUUAUGGUUCUGCCUAUGAUCUUGCCGAGUGGAAUAGUUAUAGACAAUAGCACUUUGGAAGAGUACGAAAAACAGGAAGCUAUUUGGGGACGGAUGCCUAAUGACCCCUUUACUGGUGUUCCUUUUACGAAAGACUCAAAACCACUUCCUAACCCUCUCCUUAAGAAUCGCAUUGACAGCCUGCUGCUACAGACUGGCCACACAGGAAUCAGAAGCAAGAACAGUCUACUAAACAAUCCUCGACCAUCCAGGCUCAUUUGUGCAUCAGCAUCUCAACCUGAUCUGGCUGUUCAGGGCUCACAAGCUGAUGCGCAGACCCAGCAGCAUUAUUCGGUGUGUACUGAGCGCACCUCACCACCUGCACAGAUGCUACAAAAACACUCAAUCAAUGAAGAAAAAAAUCAUAGUAGACUAACUAAGAGUUUGUCAAGAACUUUUGCAGAUAGGCAAGAGCUUAUAUUAAAGUCCACUUCUGGAACCAAUAUUAGAAAGGAGAACAUAGGACAGUCAAAGAAAGCUCAGUCGAGCUUUUCUUCAACUAGUGAACAUUUGAUAGCCACUUUUUCAUCCCCCAUGACCAAAAUGCCAAGAACAGAUGCAGGAAUUGACCUCCCCACAGAAACAAACUCUCAUGAGGAGCGUCUGUCUCAGAGCUUAGACCAGGCAUUAAGUUCUGCUCUGUAUGGUUUACCAACAUAUACCUCACAAAGCAACCUGGAGCCAGAAACCACAGGAGGUCAGGGCAGAUGUGGGUCAUGUGCCUGUUCUUUGACUAUUUACUCUCCAAGCCCUGCAACGUACUCUCUUCCCUGUGGGCACCUGCUGUGCCGGCAAUGUCUUGAGCAUGAACACACUUUGAGGACACAGAGACUGACAAUUACAUGCCCUACGUGUCAAGCGCCUGUCUCACCCAGCACCAUCAUGAGGGUGCACCAUUAAUCAUCAUUCAUUGCUGAUUAUGAAAUUCUGUUGUAUUAUGUCUGUCAGAUAUUGGAAAAUCAAAUAACUUUUUUAAUGAUUGUUGAUCAUGUAUAAAUGUGAAGGUAACCAUUCUUUUAGUAUGUGUGAUGUAUGGCAUUAAUCAGUAUAACAGGAAAAACAAAGCACACAUGAUGCAGUGUGUUGGUUUAAGAACCAAGGCUUACUAAUGAAUGUUGCAGUCCAUUAUACCACAAACAUAAACAGAAUAUACACACCGAACUUAUGCUAUCUGCAAUAAUCUCUAUACAAACUGCUAUUACUUUGAGCAUAGUGAAUUAAUUUCCAUAGUAAAUACAAAAAAAUAAAUUAAAUAAAUUCCAUAGUGAAUA